AUUGUGUCUGGAAUCAAGUACAUAAUGGAGGUGGAGAUUGGCCGGACAACUUGCCCUAAGCCAGCCACUGAUCUCCAGAGCUGUGCUCUCCAUGAUGCACCACAGAUGGCUAAGCGCACCACUUGCAACUUCGUAGUGUACACUGUUCCUUGGCUAAACCAAAUUAAACUACUGGACAGUAGCUGCCAGUAA